GAAUUCCUGUAGAACACUCGUUCCCGCGGCUCUGUCGCUUCGAGAUUCGCAGGAGAGCCGAGAGAAACGGAAGGAUGCAGUACGCACUCUCCCUGUUAUCGACCAUAUCGAAGAGAACACCGAGAACCAAGGGAGAACGAACGACGGCGAGCGACACCGAGUCGAGCCGAGGGGUUCUUGUCGAAGAGAAAGAAAUAUUACUACGUGUUACUAAAAGAAAUAUACUAAGGAAUAGAAAUUGUUGUUACAAUGUGGAUAAUUAAAAGAAGAAAAAAAGAAUCGAAGAUUAUAAAGAAGUUUUAACGAUUGACGGUGUUGAUUCAGUUAAUGCGUAAACACAGUAUCUGAUCUCAACGAUUUGUCCGGUCGGCACUCACUCGAUGGUACCGGUUUCUCAUGUUAACGUGGUUGUCGAUCGUCGCAACAGAUACGCAGCAAAAGUGAUAUAAGUACGUACAGUGAAAACCUGGAAUAUCUCGAUACUCGUCAUAAUAUUUUUAUGGAGAAGAUUAAGUGGAUAGUCGAGGUGUAUGUGUUUAGAGGAGACAAGUGGUUUUUGGACUGGAUUUCUGACUUUACGGUGGAAGAGCAUUGAUAUUUAGCGUUGAGGAUUAAAGAUGAGUCUGAGACGGGUCCAGCUGCUGAUUCAUUUGUAAGUGAAGGACCAUGGAGAACGGUGGUCGAUGGUACAACAACACAGUUGAGGAGAAACGGAGGUAGGAAUGGAAGGCAGAAGGAGGCAAAAGAAGGAAUUCCAACGAUGGUAACGAUCGCGCGUUUCCUUGGCAAUGAUUCUCCGCGGAAUCGAAAGGAUGUUGAAGCGAUUUUAAAGAGAUAAAUCGAACGGGGUGAUAGGAAAACGGAGUGGAAAAAAAAGGAAAGAAAGAGAGAAAGAAAAGGAACGAGAAAUCGGAUCGUCAUGGGCUCGCUGCCAAAUCUUCACGAGUUGUCGAAGGACAAACUCGAGAGUCCUGCUUACAGACCGGCACCGAUCGGUGGUUUAGGACCCAUACGACUGCCAGCUCAGCCUCCGCCUUUAGCACACACACAUAGACGCGCUAGAAGCAGUGGUCAUCAUCACACCUUGUGGGACAAUGAUGCUAUGCUAGAGCAUCUCAAAAUUUGGAAGGAGGAUAUCAGAAGAAGAAGCAAGGAGAGCAACAGGGUUAAUAUAAGUACUAUACACAUGGCGACAUACUCACCCAUCUCCUGUCGGUCGACGAGAACAUCUGCAUUGUCAUGGCGUCGACGAGACUCGAUGAACUCGUCGGCAGGAGCGUCCUCGGUUCGUCGAUUGAUCGCCGCCGUGAGGGCGGCUCCUUCCGGUCCCAGGCCGCCGAAGAAAGCGAUUCUGAGGCACUGCGCCGCCCUUCUGCUAGGACACGCGAGCUGUUCAGCCGCUACGCUGCCAAUGUUCCCGUUGCAAGCUGGACUCGGUACCUUCAAUCCUCAUCUGGGACCGAUGUUGCUCGCCCUGCUCUACGCGAUCGCGACCAUCACCAGCUGUUUCGCGCCAAUUCUCGUCCAGAGAUUCGGGACGAACCUCGCAAUAAGCACUAGCCACAUGGCCACCACCGUUUUCGUCGGGUUACAUUUAUAUCCGAAAUGGUACAUACUGUUACCUAGUUACGCGAUGCUCGGUGCUUGUAUGAGCCCAAAUUUCAUAGCGAGAGUUUCGCACGUGAAUGUCUCAGCGACGAGUUUGGCUCUGGUGUGCGUCGAUCCCGAGGAUCCUGAUGAAACAAGACGCGAGUGCCUUCUGAGGAGACUUAAUCGAGGAAUCAAAUUAGCGGAAGACAUAGGUCUCGCACUGGGUUGCUUAAUCGCUGCCAUACUUGUAAAACUAACAGACUCUGAAUAUAGCGAGCCUCUGAAUAUAGCGAGCAGUGAGAACGACAUGUGCGGAGCGGAGUACUGUCCAGAGGAAACCUAUCAAUACAAUGGCACAAUUUAUUCGCCUACGUUGCCGUCUGGUGCAUCGAAAAUAUUGGUCAGCAUAUGGCUAGGUCUUGCUGUCUUAGGCUUAAGUAUAUCGUGCGCUUUCCUCGACUCUAGGAUGAAGGAACCGCAGAGUGUAAACGAAAAGCACAGCAUGCAAAAUAUCCUGCAGUCUGUGAAAGCUGCGUUUCUAGAUCCUAAGCUACAGCUGGCUGCGCCAUUAACGCUUUUUAUCGGACUUGAACAGGGUUUCAUCUAUGCCGAUUUUAUAGAAGCAUAUGUAGUCUGUACCCUGGGGGGAGCUAAGACAGUAACCAUCAGUUUUUUAGCCCUAGCCUCUUUACAAGCCCUCGCUGGUGUUACUCUAUCAAUGUUACUAAGGCACAUUAAAAGAUAUUUCGUAGUAGUUGUAGGAUUUGUAUUCCACGCAUGUUUACUGCUGGUCCUGACUACCUGGAGACCAUCCGGUGAUGAUCCAGCACUUUUUCACGUUAUAUCUGCCGCCUGGGGAGUUUGCAACUCUAUUUGGGAAACUCUGAUAUAUACACUAGUACUGGGUUUGUAUCCAAACUCUUGGCAAGGACCAUUAUCAACGUCCCUCUUCUGGAAGUGGCUUGGUCUUGCCCUUACUCUCGGUUUACACGGACUGGUCUGCACGCGAUUUAGAGUACUCGGUCUUUCCGGUGUGCUAAUUCUUUCAGUGCUUCCUUACGGAUGGUUAGAGAUCAGGCUGGCCAAAAGAGGGAGUAGCUUGGCGCCAUUGUGACUGGGAGAUCCGACUACCAACCACCACGGAUCAAGUAUUAAAACAGACGCACGUUACAGAGAUUGAGAUAAGUUCGUUCCAUUCGGCUUAAGGAGGGCAAGAAGACACAAUAGAAGCAGAAACCCUUUCAUAGAACAUGCUGCGACUGUGACCAAGUUGCGGACACGUCGAAGAGCGAACAGCGUAGCUUUUACUUUCAACACUAAACAGAGCGUAAGUGUGAAAGAUAACGAGCCUCAGCCUUCCUCUUCGACUGCGGACAGUCAUAGAACAAGUAUCACAAAUCAGCAGGAGAGCAGCGGUGGUGUUCUUCCUGUCUCUUAAGGCUGAACUUUUUCAAAGUUUUCAAUGUCUUUUCUAGUUAAAAUUUUACAAACUGGGACAAAGGAACAAUCGUAAUUCUGAAUUUUCCAGAUUCAAUUGGAUCUCGUUGUAUGCGUUCUCUCUUCUCUCAAAGUAUUUUACUUGUCUAAAUGUACCAGUUUUGUCUGUUUAUCUUUUAGUAUAGCAUCGGCUGAAAGAAUUUAAUUUCGGAAAAUCGAAGAUCAAUCCAGAUGUUCUUAGGAAGGGUUGUCACGACGUAAAAAGUUCAAUUAAAACGCAAGAAAAAUUGACGAAGAUAUAUUUGUCGAAAGUUCAAUAAGAGAACUUUAAAAUUUUAAUUCAAAUCGCAGUAUAGUUCAGUGAUUCGUUACAAUCAAAUGUGUCAAAUGCUGAAUGAGUAUAAAGUCUUUCUUCAAGUUGAAUGGAACGAAAACCGUAUUAUACAUGAAAUUUUUCAUGUGACAAAUAUAAAUGAAUAGAAACUCUCGCGCGGAUGAUUUCUUAAUCCGCCACGGUACGACCGCUUAAUCGGCAUCGUACAAGACUGAGCGAUAGCAAA